UCUACGGUCCGGAGGAUUAACACCAAAAAAAAUGUCACAUAUAUUUUAGGACAAUAGAGUAUAAUAGUAUGCAUGAACCCAAUUAUUAUAUAAAGGACUUCAAGACACUCCUAUUUGCAAGGCAGGUCGAGUUGCAUUUCUAUCUUCUCCUUUUGAUCUUAAUUAGGAGCACUUUUCAAAUGGCCGUGGCAGUGAAAUCAACCAAUGUUCUGGUCAUUGGAGGAACCGGAUCGGUCGGAAAGUUCAUCAUAGAAGCAAGUGUUAAGGCUGGCCACCCUACCUUUGCCCUUGUACGAGAGUCCACUAUGUUUAACCCAGCAAAAUCACCCAUCAUUCAAACAUUUAAAAACUUGGGCGUCAACCUAGUUUUGGGAGAUAUACAUGACCAUGAGAGUUUGGUUAAAGCAAUAAAGCAGGUGGAUGUGGUGAUCUCUACCGUGAGUUACUUGCACAUACCCGAUCAAUAUAAGAUCAUUUCAGCCAUCAAAGAAGCUGGAAAUGUUAAGAGGUUUUUUCCUUCAGAGUUUGGAAAUGAUGUGGAUCGUUCUAAUGGAGUAAAUUGGGCAGAGAAUUUAUUUAACAACAAGGCUCAAAUCCGAAGAACCAUUGAAGUUGAAGGAAUUCCUCAUACAUUUGUGGUGGCAAAUUUUUUUGCUGGACACUUCCUACCAAAUUUAUCAGGUCUUAGAGCCUUACUUACCCCUACUAAUAAAGUUAUCAUUUUUGGAGAUGGAAAUCCCAAAGCUGUUUUUAACACUCACGAAGAUGUUGCUACUUAUACAAUCCAAGCUAUUGAUGAUCCAAGAACCUUGAACAAAAUUCUCUAUGUUAGACCCCAUGCAAACACCAUAUCAUUUAAUGAACUAGUUUCCAUUUGGGAGAAAAAUACUAGUAACACUCUUGAAAGAGUCUAUGUUCCAGAGGAGCUAAUUUUGAGACAAAUUCAAGAGUCUUCAUUUCCUAACACUAUGAGCCUAUCAAUUUGUCACGCUACAUUUGUGAAGGAAGAUCAAACUAACUUUGAGAUUGAACCCUCAUUUGGAGUAGAGGCUUCUCAACUUUAUCCUCAUGUGAAAUUCACUACUAUUGAUGAGUUCCUUGAAAGAAAUAUUGAUCGUACACCAUUCUACUUGAACCAGCUUAUACCAGAAAACAUUGAAUAAACUCUGGCUGACACAUAUUUUUUGGUUAAGAAGCUAGUAAUUAAAUUACUAGUUGAUUAAUCAAACAAGUAAUGUUAUUAGCUAGAUAGUAUUAUAAAUUAGCGUGUACAUUUUGAACAAGAGUUUGUUCAAGAUAAAAUAAUACCGAAUUUGUGUCAUUGUCCAAAUAAACUAAAAUAAAAUAAACAUGGAAUGGUAGUGUCUCAUUCAUGAUGCUCCAAACCAUGUACUUAUUUAUGCAUUUCAA